UGACGGUAAUCAGCCAACGGGGGCGGGAUGGGGGCGGGGUCUGAGCUCCAUCCAGUUUGAACCUCUAUCAACUGGCCUCCGUAGCAAAGCACACAGCGUCGACAACAACAACAACAACGUGAGACGAAUUAUUUCUAUCUGACCGGUUAAAUCAGUCGUGUCACCAUGGUGAAAGGGGACGUUAAUAAACCCAAGGGCAAGACGUCAGCCUACGCCUUCUUCGUCCAGACCUGCCGGGAGGAACAGAAGAUUAAACAACCCGACCAGUCGGUCAACUUCGCCGAGUUCUCCAAGCAGUGUUCAGAGAGAUGGAGGGCUUCCACUGCGAUUGACAAGCGUCGUUUUGAGGACAUGGCGAAGAACGACAAGGUGCGUUAUGAGAGGGACAUGAGGGGGUACGUCCCCCCCAAGGGGAUGGCCAAGAGUGGUAGGAGGAAGAAGGACCCCAACGCUCCAAAACGACCCCCGUCUGCCUUCUUUGUGUUCUCAGCAGAGUUCCGUCCGACGGUCAAACAGGAGUUCCCAGGCUGUUCUAUAGGAGAGACAGCUAAGAAGCUGGGGAUCAUGUGGGGUCAACAGACUCCAACCCAGAAACAGCCGUUUGAAGAGAAGGCUCUCCGACUGAGGGAGAAAUACGACAAGGAUAUGGCUGCAUACCGCUCCAGCUGUAUAACACCAUCUCUCUGUCUGUAGGAUAUGGCUGCAUACCGCUCCAGCUGUAUAACACCAUCUCUCUGUCUGUAGGAUAUGGCUGCAUACCGCUCCAGCUGUAUAACACCAUCUCUCUGUCUGUAGGAUAUGGCUGCAUACCGCUCCAGCUGUAUAACACCAUCUCUCUGUCUGUAGGAUAUGGCUGCAUACCGCUCCAGCUGUAUAACACCAUCUCUCUGUCUGUAGGAUAUGGCUGCAUACCGCUCCAGCUGUAUAACACCGUCUCUCUGUCUGUAGGAUAUGGCUGCAUACCGCUCCAGCUGUAUAACACCAUCUCUCUGUCUGUAGGAUAUGGCUGCAUACCGCUCCAGCUGUAUAACACCAUCUCUCUGUCUGUAGGAUAUGGCUGCAUACCGCUCCAGCUGUAUAACACCAUCUCUCUGUCUGUAGGAUAUGGCUGCAUACCGCUCCAGCUGUAUAACACCAUCUCUCUGUCUGUAGGAUAUGGCUGCAUACCGCUCCAGCUGUAUAACACCAUCUCUCUGUCUGUAGGAUAUGGCUGCAUACCGCUCCAGCUGUAUAACACCUUCUCUCUGUCUGUAGGAUAUGGCUGCAUACCGCUCCAGCUGUAUAACACCAUCUCUCUGUCUGUAGGAUAUGGCUGCAUACCGCUCCAGCUGUAUAACACCAUCUCUCUGUCUGUAGGAUAUGGCUGCAUACCGCUCCAGCUGUAUAACACCGUCUCUCUGUCUGUAGGAUAUGGCUGCAUACCGCUCCAGCUGUAUAACACCAUCUCUCUGUCUGUAGGAUAUGGCUGCAUACCGCUCCAGCUGUAUAACACCAUCUCUCUGUCUGUAGGAUAUGGCUGCAUACCGCUCCAGCUGUAUAACACCAUCUCUCUGUCUGUAGGAUAUGGCUGCAUACCGCUCCAGCUGUAUAACACCAUCUCUCUGUCUGUAGGAUAUGGCUGCAUACCGCUCCAGCUGUAUAACACCAUCUCUCUGUCUGUAGGAUAUGGCUGCAUACCGCUCCAGCUGUAUAACACCAUCUCUCUGUCUGUAGGAUAUGGCUGCAUACCGCUCCAGCUGUAUAACACCAUCUCUCUGUCUGUAGGAUAUGGCUGCAUACCGCUCCAGCUGUAUAACACCAUCUCUCUGU